CUUCCCUAGUUUCCCCCUUUGACCGGUACUGAUGCUCCUUAUGCUACUUCGCUGCGCACAAGAUCCUUUGCAAGAGAUGCUGCAAAGAGGUCCUUGCGGAAGCGCUCAACUGGACGUAACGUCGAUCGUCUCAAACGUUGCUGCCACAGUUUCCAUUGUGGUGCCGUUGACUAAACACAGCUCAAGCUCGAGGCUCCUUCGGUGGCAACGCGAUUUUUUCAUUAUCAUUUGUUUUGUUUAACACAUUCCUUCAUUUACUCUUGUUUGUCUAUUAAAAUAUUUCACUUUUAAACUCUUCUUUUUUUAUUAAAUUAACCCGUUUGUUCGUAUCGUGAAUGUUGUUGUGUGGUUUUGUUGUUAGUUUUGCUAGUGUUUCUUCUAUUUUGUUCUAAUUUUUGGUGUUUGUGUGUAGUACUUUUACUUUCGUUACUCGUUCAUUUUAAACGUUUGUGAUAUUUUAAUCGUGUUUUCAACCUCUGUACUCUCGGUGUUUUUGUAGUCGUUCUGUGUGUUGGUUUGAUCGUGUGUUAAUUGUUUUAUCCUUAAGUUUGUGGCAUGCGGUUGUUGUUUUGUUAGCUAGUGGGUUGAGUUUCUUCCUUGAAACGCACGACCAGUUUUGUUUUUUUUUUUGGAAAAAGCAUUAGCAAUAGGCAAUUAGCCGUGUGUGAUGGAUGCACAGGAUUCACAGGUGCUGCGUACCAUCGAUCCAUCGGGGCAGUGUCCGAAGCCGAAGGAGUCUCCGGCGCCCGGCACACCGGUGGUGACCCGUGGACGACCGGUACGCUCCCUGGAGGGUAGAAGUGUGUCACGCAAACGGCGCCGUUUAUCGCGCUCAUCCUCCAGCUCUUCGACGGCGUCGUCCUUGGCCAAGGUCAGCCGGCUCGGCGGCGGUGGCCGCCGGGACACGUCCGACCUGGAUGCCGGGUACGAGAACGACGCCGACGACGAUGACGACGACGGUGAUGAGGAUGACGAGGAAGAGGAAGAGCUUAAAGAGGAAGAUGAAACAGGAUGUGAGGAAGAGGACGAAGGCCGGAUAAAAUCAGAGCAGCACGUAUUCCCCACGGACGCGCCAUCGCUCCAGAACGCUCCCGGUGUUGGUGUGCGUGCGUCGGCGUCUGGCGCUGACGGUGGUUGCGGUGAGAAAAAUGGUGAAAAAUCCACACCAAGCGAAACAGCUGAUUUGAAUGCGCCACGACAGCAGCGGCAGCACCAACACCAGCAAUAUCCGGCCAACUACCAACACUAUCACCAGCAGCAGCAGCAGCAGCAACUCCCACACCAGCAGCUACGUCACGGCAAGCGGCUAGCCAAAUACGACUACACACGUGAUCAGAUGUUUGAAAUAUUUCAACCAUGGGUUAUACGUACGUACGGCGACCGGGCCAAGACGAAGACGAUUACGCUGAAGAAGCAGGCCCGUAUCAUCAAGACGCUGCGCGGGCUGGAGAUGAACAAUCCGGACAGCUCCAAAUUUCGAUUCUGGGUUAAAACGAAGGGGUUCACCACCUCCAAGCCGGGAGGCUUUCAAGACAUCUUUACACAUCAGAAUAUCCCCGAAAACGAUGGCUGCAUGCUGUACGCUCCCAGUGGAGGCUUGGAACCUGGCCAGCCGUACAAGAAGGUGGCCGUUGUGGAGAACUUUUUCGACAUCAUCUAUGGGGUGCAUGUGUCGCUCGGUAGCCGCGCGACGAGACAUGCCGGUCAGAAGCGAACCUACCGUACGAUUACAGAAACGUACGCCUUUUUACCGCGGGAAGCCGUCACCAAGUUCCUGUCACUCUGCAGCCAGUGCUCCAAGCUUACCACCAAGGUGUACCUGCCAAAAGCCGAGCCCGGGAUGGAGCCACGCAACGACGACACGGUGCCGCCGAGUGAACGAAUCCCCCGGCCGAGCGAGGACGCGGCAUUGCCGUGUAGCAAAACCACCGACCGAAGCCAAUCCUCCCUUCGGUACUACGAGCUGCUGAAGAAUCUGUACGAAAAUGGCAAAUCUAACCGAUUGCGCAGUGGUGGAGCUGUGACACCGGCACAGCUAACCACAGACGGUGUGGAGAGCGGGAAGCCCCCGAUCGUGCGGGCUGUGUCACGACCCAACAGUACCGUUAGUGAAGUGUUGUCUAGUGAUCGAGGAGCAGCAGCAGCAGGUGGUGGUGGUAAUGAGCUCAGUGCUACAGUGUGUGCAAGUGAACGGAACGGAUCGAGGGAACAUCUUCCGGCGGUGGGAUUAAACAAUAAUAACCGCAGUGAAAAAGGUGACGACGGGAAGCGACGACGACGCCGUACCGUACCCAUCGCCGCGACGUACCUGGACGUGACGAGCAGCUUCGGGCUGGCGGACGACGAUGCGUUGAAUGUGGAUUCUAUAUCCAUGCCGUUCAACAGUGAGACGACGGAAAACAAUGGAAGCACGGCCAACACGCCCAGUGAGGAUGCGUAUGCCGGUUUAAUCAAAGAUGCGGACAAGUUCAAGCUGAUGCUACUGGCGUGGAACUACCAGAACUCGGCGGCAGGUAAAUCACAAAACGGAGGCGAAGGACCGGACCUGGCGACGAUGACGAACCUGUGGCAGCAGUACCAGAACGCGCUGGCGAUGACGGGCAAGACGAGCUUCAACCAACUGCCGGUAAGUGAGCGUCAAUCGUCCCCAAUCGAACAGCAGCAGGACGAGACGAACUCGUCCGAGCAGAAGGACGAGGACGAUCUGUCCGAGGACGACUCGGAGGAUCGGCUCGAGGCGACGGUGAACGAUCCGGAGCGGCUGAAAGCGUUCAACAUGUUCGUGCGGCUGUUCGUGGACGAAAACCUCGACCGUAUCAUACCGAUCUCGAAGCAGCCGAAGGAAAAGAUACAAGCGAUUAUCGACUCCUGCACGCGCCAGUUCCCGGAGUUUGCCGAGCGGGCCCGGAAGCGCAUCCGCACCUACCUGAAGUCGUGCCGGCGGAACAAGAAGACGCGCGAGGGCUGGGAGAACACGUCCCGCCCCACGCCGGCACACCUCACGUCGGUGCAGGCGGAACAGAUACUGGCCGUGGCGUGCGAGAACGAGAGUCUCAAUGCGAAGCGCAUGCGCAUCGGGCUGGAGCCGAUCAGCCAGACGGUCAGUCAACCGGCGGCGGUAAGUUUUAUGACGUCGGCCGAAUCCCCGACGGCAGUGCCGACCAUGUACCAGACCCUAGCGAACCGCGAACAGGAAUCGACCUCCGUGUCCACGAUCAAAAGUGAACCGAUGACGAGCGUGCCGAAGAUAUCGCCCGUUCCCAGCACACCGACCCCGGACAUGAACCAGAUGAAGCUCAACAUACCCAGCGCGAGUGCCAGCUCGACGCCCACCAUCCCGACGACCGUACCUACCAUCUCGAACUUUCACGACUACAACACCGGCUUCUCGAACCGCUCCCAGCACUACCAGAACUUUAUGAACUCGGUCAACAACAGCAGUAGCACGAGCAGCGGUGCCACGACCAACACGACCAUGUCCGCUGCCGGCACCGCCGCCCCUACCGAUCUGUCGAUGAAGCGACCGAUACUGGCCCACAAGCUAAACAGUGCGGAGAUUACCGCGGUGAAGCAGCUCGUCACCGGCUACCGGGAGUCGGCCGCCUUCCUAAUGCGCAGUGCCGACGAGCUGGAAAACUUGCUGCUCCAGCAACAGUAAAGGCAGCGAGAGGAGGGGAAGAAAGAGAGAAAAAAACGUUGAUAUGUAUGUGUGUGUGUUUGUGUGUGUUACGGUGUGUUUCAGCACAAAUUGUAAAAAAACGAACAAAUUAAACGCAGAGCCUAGCCUAGGCACGCUAAAACGGACACUUUUUAAGGAAUUUCAGGAAAAUAAAUGUGAACCAACAAAAAAAAAGGCAAAACAAAACGCAUUAACCAGUAAGGAGCAUUACAAAACAAAAGAAGGGAAAGUAGAAAACAGUGAACUACACAGAGAAACACAGGGUGAUAGAGAGGAAACAAGGAAAACAAAAGAGAGAAGACAAGAAGAGGAUGAAAGUAAAGCAAGGAAGAAAUGGUGGUUUGAAAUUACAAACGAAAAGUGCAAAGUAGCAGAAAGACUAGCAGAACAGAACAAGACAGAGAGAGAGG